AUGUUGUUGCUCCGAGAGGUCACAAGGCCAGAGGAGAGCACGGAGAGCUGCGAGCUGUCUUCACCAGAGACGGAUUUCGGGGUCGCCGGUGCGAUGAACCCCGUCGAUCAUUUCUGUGGGGGGGAGCACCGCUUCAUCGGCGCGCUGCGGUCAAAAGUCACGCAGAGGUCGCGGGGGGUCACGUCCCAUGAAAAGACGCGGGGAGGGGGCUGGGACAAAGUUGAGUCGCACGCUAUUGAAGACGUGUCGCUUUACGUCUUCCCACCUGACCGCGGCAUGUCUGAGCUGCGUGUGAACGCGCGUCUAGACGAGCAGCACGUCAACAACUUGUUAUGCCAGACGCGUCACGCCUGUGUGGCAGAAGCCAAAGUGAAACAUGAGGGACUUUGUCCCAACAAGCUGAACACCAACCUCUGGGUUGAUGCGCAAAGCACCUGCGAGAGGGAAUGCAAUGUCGAUGAGGACUGUGCUGACUUUGAGAAAUGCUGCACCAAUGUAUGUGGCCUCAACAGCUGUGUGUCUGCACGUUUCUCCGAUGGCACUUCUGCUCAGCCAGAUGGACAGGAGGCCUGCGUCCGCGGGGCGACUCUGACCGUGGUCGCCUGCCGGUUCUACCUCGCCGGGCCCCACACCAGUCCUGUGCCUCAGGACACCACCGCCAAUCCCACCCCUACGUCCUCCCAGGAGGACCCUCUGCCCCCCGCACUCUACUCCAACCCUCACCACCAAUCCACUUAUGUCGGAGGCACGGUCAGCUUCCACUGCGACGUCAUUGGAGUCCCCAAACCUGAUGUCACAUGGGAGAAACAGAGUGAACGGCGAGAGCGUCUGGUCAUGAGGCCGGACCAGAUGUACGGCAACGUGGUGAUCACCAACAUCGGACAGCUGGUCAUUUACAACGCCCAGGUGUGGGACACGGGUAUCUACACCUGCAUCGCACGGAACUCUGCCGGGGUCCUUCGUGCAGACUUCCCUCUCUCUGUCGUCCGCCGGGCUGAGGAUGAUUUCUUGGACGACCCUGAGAUGCCCAUGGGGAGACCCUUCUCCCCGGCAGACUGUCUGGCCGAGGCAGAUCUGAGGGUGUGCAGUAGUGAGCGCCACGUGGACUGGUACUAUGAUAGCAAGCAGGGCUCCUGCAUGGCCUUCAGCAACGGCGGAUGCGACGACAGCCGCAACCGCUUUGAGACUUACGAGGAGUGCAAGGCCUCCUGUCAGAGAGAGAGGACGGGCAUCUGCUCCCUACCUGCUGUCCAGGGCCCCUGCAAGUCUUGGGAGGCACGUUGGGCCUGGAAUCCGGUCAUGAAACAGUGCCAAGCCUUCGGCUACGGCGGCUGCCACGGGAAUGCCAACAGCUUCCGCGACAAAAAGGAGUGUGAAGCAAACUGCCCACAAGCAAAAAGGAAACCUUGUAAGACCUGUCGGGUGAAGGGGAAAAUGGUGCCCAGCUUGUGCCGCAGUGACUUUGCCAUCGUAGGGCGGCUGACAGAGCUGGUGGAGGACCUGGACUCUGGGUUAGCACGCUUCAGCCUGGACGAGGUCCUGAGAGACGAAAAGAUGGGAUUGAGUUUCUUCAACACCAAACACCUUGAGGUGACGAUCGCCAAGAUAGACUGGAGCUGUCCCUGCCCAAACAUCACCAUGGAGGAGAACCCACUGCUGGUGAUGGGGGUGGUGCAGGACGGCAUGGCCAUCAUCCAAUCAGACAGCUACGUCCGAGCCGUGACUGAACGCAGACUCAAGAGGCUCCGUGAGGUUUUGGGCAAAAAGACCUGCGGGUCCUCGUAG